CGCAGUGCAGGCCGGGAAAGCCUGAGAGCCGCCGGGGAUUAUGUCAUCGCCGGGCGCCAUGUUGGUGGCUUUGUGUUUCUUAUAAAUAAAGAUCGGCGGACGGGCAGGCGGUGUAUUGGAUGGUGGCCUAGACACUUUGGUCUCUGGGGGGUGAUUGACGUGUUGGCUGCUGUGUCCUGACUUCACCCCGGGAGCCAUGAGAGAGUUCACGAAUGACCACCUAGAGGUCCAAACUCAGAAAUGUUAUGGCAUCACCUCCCCUAUCAGUUGGGCUGGUCCCAAAGAAAUCGAUCACAUCUACACCGAGAAGCUGGUUGAGGCCAUGCAGCCUUUUGGAGUAUUUGAAGACGAUGAGGAGCUCAGUCACAGAAUGUUUGUAUUGGGCAAACUGAACAACUUGGUCAAAGAAUGGAUUGCUGAGCUGGGAGAAAUUAAGAGCCUUCCAACCACUGUAAUAUCCUCUGUUGGAGGCAAAAUCUUCACAUUUGGAUCUUAUCGGCUUGGAGUUCAUACUAAAGGGUCUGAUAUUGAUGCUCUGUGUGUUGCUCCAAGGCAUGUUGAGCGAACAGAUUUCUUUCAGUCAUUUGUUGAAAAACUAAAGCUCCAGGAUGGGAUAAGGAAUGUCCGGGCUGUGGAGGAUGCUUUUGUACCCGUUAUCAAAUUUGAUUUCUUGAAGAUAGAGAUUGACUUAGUUUUUGCUAGGCUGCCCUUACAAUGUAUUCCUGAUAAUAUGGAGUUGCGUGAUGAUUCACGUUUGAAAAACCUAGAUAUAAGAUGCAUCAGGAGUUUAAAUGGCUGCAGAGUUACAGAUGAAAUUUUGCAUUUAGUGCCAAACAGAAAUAAUUUCAGAAUAACCCUGAGAGCUGUCAAGUUGUGGGCGAAGAAACGUGGCAUUUAUUCCAACAUAUUGGGAUUUCUUGGUGGUGUUUCUUGGGCAAUGCUGGUAGCGAGGACUUGUCAGUUGUACCCAAAUGCUGCAGCAUCCACUCUUGUCCACAAGUUUUUCCUUGUCUUUUCUAAAUGGGAAUGGCCUAAUCCAGUGCUGCUGAAGCAUCCAGAAGACAGCAAUCUGAAUUUACCAGUUUGGGAUCCAAGAGUAAACCCAGCUGACCGCUUUCACCUUAUGCCUAUAAUUACUCCAGCAUAUCCCCAGCAAAACUCAACAUUUAACACCUCUACCUCAACCCGUGCAGUUAUGAUGGAAGAGUUCAGGCAUGGUCUUACCAUCACUUAUGAAAUCCUUCAAGGCAAAGCUGACUGGAUGAAACUGUUUGAACCACCCAACUUUUUCCAGAAAUACAAGCAUUAUAUUGUUUUGAUUGCCACCACAUCGUCAGAAGAACAUCAUCUUGAAUGGUUUGGUUUAGUAGAAUCCAAAAUCCGUGUCCUUGUUGGAAAUUUGGAAAGAAAUGAGUUUAUUACGCUUGCCCAUGUUAGUCCACAGUCUUUUCCUGGGAACAGAGAGCUCUGUAAAGAUAAUGAGAACAUGUCCAUGUGGUUUCUUGGAAUAAUCUUCAAGAAAGUGGAGAAUGCGGACAGUGUAAACAUUGAUUUAACUCAGGACAUUCAGUUAUUCACAGAUACUGUUUACAGACAAGCAAAUAACAGAAAGGAUGUGAAGAUUGAAGCCACACAUGUGAGGAGGAAACAGCUCUUUAAGUACCUCCCACCAGAAGUGUUUCAAAAGAGAAAGAAACAAAGUCUUCCAGAUAUCAGUAAAUCCACUGGUCUGUUAUCCAAACGUUCAUCCCUGGAUGGUAACUGUCUGGACAGCUCCCAGGAUACAGACUCUGGGUCAAACUUUGAGGCUCUUGCAGCUUUCCACAAAUCCUCUAGAUCAAACAGUCCAACUUUCUAUGAGGGACAGAGGAAUGCUAUACCAGAAGACUCUGCACCAAGCAUCCUGUCCACCCAUAGGUUGGUCAUUUCAGCUGUGCCUUCAAAAUCUUCUGUAGGAUUGGAUAUUCUAGAUGAAGUACAUUACGAGACCACCACAUCCGACCAGAAAUCGAGAUCAAACAGCCCGUCAUUGUUGGAGGCAUGCAGGUUUGAAGAAUUCUGA